AGAUUCAGAGGAGGCGGUAGCAUAUUUAUUCUACUACUGCAACAGAAUUUAAAUCCCCAUGCUCCUCUUUUAUAAACACAGGCUUGCGCAUACCAAUCCUUUUGUUUUUAUCUUUAUUCCCACUCCGACUACUAGCUACUGAAUACCUGUGCCUGUUUAGAAACCUGUGACAAACACCUGUAUGAAAAAAGGAAUUCUGCGUGCGCCGUCUUUACGGUAAAAGCGCUUGUUGAUCCCGCCCUCUCUUUGAUAGAAAACUCGGUGAUGUCUCUUCGUCUUUAACGAGCUUGACCCAGAACCCAGGGAAGGAGGGGAAAAGAGGGGAGAAAACACACGAAAAACGGAAUACAGAGGAAGGGGUCGGGACAGGCUUUCCACGAGCAAGUCCAUUCCUCCUUGUUUCUGGGCUUGGUGGUUCGGUGAUCUUCUACCCAUGAGCAACUAGAGCUCAACCUCUGACCUUGGUGUGAUCUCUCACCUCUACUACCAAACCACGCCCACAGGUGAAGUGUGUAUGGAGCAGUGUGAGAGCGCAGCGGCUCUGCUGGAGUCGGUCAGGGAGCAGGAGGUGCAGUUUGAACAGCUGACCCGGGCGCUGGAGGAGGAGAGGAGGAGAGUGGGCCUCCCCGCCACCAGCCCCUCGGCCCUGGGUCGCCCCCUCCCUCACACACAGAACGGGCGUUUAGGGGAUGCAGACAUAGAGCGGCUGAAACUUACUGACUCAUACAUAAACGGCACACAGUACAGAAUGGUUGACCCUGCACACGGCGUUCUCGAUGAGAGCUACACACCAGAGGACGACUCCCAGGAAGUUCACUCAGUCUUCUCUGAAGAAGGAACCACACGACGGUCAGAUAAUGGCAUGAAGAAACCAAUCUCACGCACAGUCCUGCCCUCUGACUCCAUGUCCAUUGAUGGGGGCUUGUCAGUGUCCGGUAUGGGCGGCUACAGCGCCACACUGGACCGUCCUUACAGGCAGGCGGUACCAGCCGACUACCCCACGGCCACAGUGCCCAGAAACUACCACUACGGCCCUGUGGGGGGUUAUGAUGAUUACAGAGCAGGCCCACCAUCGGAGGCAUACACAAGCCUGAGCAGGGGCUCGCACAUGGACGAACGCUACAGGCCAGUUGACGGCUACCGGACUCUGGACUCCGGCUACCGGGCCCCGAGCCGCCAGCAGCUUGACCCGUAUGCUGCUCAGCCCCAAGUGAGCCGGGGAAUGAGGGCCCUGGGCUCAGCGCUGGAGGUGCGGUAUGGCCACGGCCACUACGGUCUUGAGGAUGACCAACGCAGUGUGGGGUACGAUGAGUAUGGCAUGGGACCUCCACCCAUGCACCCUGGAGGCUACGGGACCAUGCCACGCCUAGGGCCCGGCCCUGGGGCUAUGGACAGACGAAGACUGAGGAGCUGUGAGGAUACUUUGGAUGGUGAUGUGGGAGGAGUUGACCCAUAUGCCUGGGGAGUUCCCAUGACCAUGGAGAGAGGGAGCAUGGCUUCACUGGACAGCACGCUGAGAAAGCCUCCUCCUGGUUCAUGGAGACAGCCGGAACUGCCAGAGGUCAUCGCCAUGUUGAACUACCGUCUGGACCCUGUCAAGACCAACGCUGCUGCUUUCCUCCAGCAUCUCACAUUCAAAAAUGAUAAGGUUAAGUCGGAGGUGCGUCGCCUGAAGGGCAUCCCAUCCUUGGUGUCGCUGCUGGACCACCCCAGCAAGGAGGUGCACCACUCGGCCUGUGGUGCACUAAAGAACAUUUCAUUUGGACGAGACCAAGACAACAAGAUCGCCAUCAAGAACUGCGAUGGAGUUCCUGCUCUGGUCAGGUUAUUGAGAAAAACCCACAACCAGGACCUCACCGACACCAUCACAGGCACCUUGUGGAACCUCUCAUCCCACGACUCCGUGAAGAUGGAGAUUGUGGACCACGCCCUGCAUGCCCUAGCUGACGAGGUGGUCGUUCCUCACUCUGGCUGGGAGCGAGGGAGCACCGGAGGAGAUGAGAGCUGCAAACCACGCCAUCUGGAGUGGGAGACCGCCUUGACCAACACUGCUGGCUGCCUUAGGAAUGUGAGUUCAGAACGCAGCGAGGCCAGGCGAAAGCUGAGAGAAUGCACAGGAUUGGUGGAUGCCCUUAUGUACGUUGUCCAAUCUCAGAUCAACCGCAAAGAUGUGGAUAACAAGCUGGUGGAGAACUGUGUCUGCCUCCUGAGGAAUCUGUCCUAUCACGUUCACCGUGAAGUCCCCGGCUGUGAGCGCUAUGUAGAGACCGCACCCGUCAAUCAGGGACCGGCCCCUGCUAACAAAGGUGGCUGCUUCGGCUCUCGAAAGGGCAAAGAUGAGUGGUUUUCAAAAGGAAAGAAGGAUGGAGAUGAUGGUAGUGGAGAUCAGGUCGACAUUCCAAAGAGGACAACACCUGCCAAAGGUUAUGAGCUGUUGUUCCAGCCAGAGGUGGUUCGUGUUUACACAUCGCUGCUCCGAGAGAGCAAGAACCCCUCUGUGCUUGAGGCUGCUGCCGGUGCUAUCCAGAACCUGUGUGCCGGCCGAUGGACUUAUGGUCGGUAUAUCAGGGCCACAGUGCGUCUGGAGAAAGGUCUCCCCAUGAUGGCAGAGUUACUGGCUCAUGGCAAUGACCGAGUGGUUCGUGCGAUGUCCGGAGCCUUGAGGAACCUUUCCAUCGACAACCGUAACUGCCAACUCCUUGGUUUGCAUGCAGUGCCUCACCUAGUGGCCAACCUGCCGGGAGGCCAGAGUCAGUCCGGGCGCACUCUAUCAGAGGAGACGGUGGUGUCUGUACUGAGCACGCUCGCUGAGGUGCUAGGCAACAGUGUGGAGGCAGCAAAGACCCUCCGAGCCUCGCAGGGCAUUGAGAGGCUGGUGCUCAUCAACAAGGACGGCAAGCGCUCCGAGCGGGAGGUGCGAGGGGCCGGUCAGGUGCUGCAGCUCGUCUGGGCCCACAAAGAGCUACGCAAGCCUCUUGAGAAAGACGGCUGGAAGAAGACGGACUUCAUGGUUAACCUUAACACAACCAACGGCCCGAGUACCCGAGCCAACGGCACCUAUGAAGAUAGCACCACGCCACUGCUAGAUAGAGGGGAAAAGAGGGACAUGAUUCCACUAAAUGACCUCGGCCCUGAGGCCUACUCUACACUGGACCAGAGGGAGAGGAGACACACUCUGGAUGAAACCACAGACACUUUACCGCGAGGGGUGUAUGGGGGCAGAAAGGGCUCCUUGCCCCUGUUGGACUCCUACGAUGAAAAACUGAUAGUGUGCAUCACCCAGACUGGGCCGUCCCUGCCCUACCACUGCUACUGAGGAGAGAAGACCCAGAUGCACAGACUCUCUCCCUCUCGUCUCCUCCCUUCCUCUCCUCGUCUCCUCUCUUUCUCUCUAUCACCACACAGAUGGGAUUAGAAGACGAGGAUUGGCAUCCAAAGAAAGUGGCCGUGUUGCAGGCAAAACGCUUCAUGCAGCACACACGCAUACAGAAACAUACACACUUUACUUUUUACGAAUGAAUUCAAUUGUAGCAACAGAAAUAUAUUCCGUUUUUAAAUUAUAAUUCUUCUGUAAAGGCAAUCACCUUUGUUGACAAUCAUUUAAUUCCGGUGUUGUCAUCCUGCUUGUUUUUAUUUUUUUCUUGCUAUUGUCAACGUUUCGGUAAAUUUUGUCAUGCCAACACCCGCAUCCAGAUGAUGAAAUUUGUACGUAGACUUCUAUGUAGGGUAUAUACUGUAUAUAAAAAGAAAAUGGGAUGACUGCAUUAGUUUUGGCUCAUUAAUUUAAAUCGUCCCUUGACUGGGAUUGUUGGGAGGUUUGGGCCAACGGCCGCCCUGUAGAUUGAGAAUGUUGUUUAUAUAGGAGUUAUUUUCCUGUCUAGAGUUAUUUUCUCUCGGUUGGGAUGAGCACAGGUGUAGACAAGAAAAGGGCAGGUGUGUGUAUAUUUGUCAUACAGUAAGCCUGUGGCCGUGUGUGUGUGUGGAAAAUGAUUAUGGACCUUGGAGUGAGUGUGUUUUUGUUUGCGUGUAUGCACGGACCAGACCCAUGAGACCACACGUUCAUUAUUUCAUCAGUUCAUGUUUUUAUGGUGUGUUACUACUCCUGUGACAAUAUUUUUUUGUUCUUUUAGUUUUUAUGUACCAACUGCCUGUUUUUGUGUUUGAUACUUUUAUUUCCAGCUUAUUUCCCUCCAUCCCCAGUGGGAAAAAAAAGUUAACUUUAGCUGCUUGUUUUGACUUUUCUGUCUGGAUUUUUAGCAGAUGGGACCAGCACAACACAUCAAACUCGGCACUGAAAUGUGAAGCUGGGAACAUCAUAAAACUACUAAACCACUAAAACAUUUUGACAUCCUGCUUCAGAAACCAUUCCUGGUUCGACUGUAAAAGAUUCACAGUAAAAAAUAAAAUACAGUCCAUUCUUCAUUUAGAACGUAACGAACACUUUGGCAUUCUUGAUGUGCAACAAAAACACUAAAUGAUUUAUACAAAAAUACAUUUUCCUCUUGCCUGUCAAGCUAGAAAUCAAUCUAGAUUGAUUUGGUGUGAGAUGCUCUGAAUUUACGAGACAGAAAAUAGUUCCGAUGCAAAACUGCUCACAUUAUCUUGAUUCAGGAAAGAGACAUUGCAACAUUUAAAAACUCAACAGCAAUGUGCCUCCAGAGAGGAGGCAGAUAUAUCUAUAGCUGUUAUCUCCAAAACUCACUAACUCACACCAGAACAUCCUAGACUGAUAAAAAGCAUGACAGGUCAGAAGAAGAAUAUGUAUUUUUGUUUUUUGGGUGAACGAUCCUUUUUAAAUAUGUGAGGCUUCUUCACUCAGAGGAGACUCAAGUUUUAACCGACAGAUUGGAGAGUGAUACUGACGUUUAAUUUAAUUUUGGAGGAGGACAAAAAGCACAUUUUGGUCUACAAUCCAUUAGUUUUACCAUUUUCUCGUUCAUUUACUCUUUUCUUGUAUUUUCCCACUUUGUGUCAGGUUUGUUUAUAUUUUAUUUCGGGUUUGUACGUAUGGGAGCGGUGGGUGAGAGCAUUAUGCAAUUUGUUCAACUUUUUAGUCCCAGUUUUAAUCCUGAGUUGUUUUUAAGGCAAAAGAGACCAAUCAUCUUUGUUUCGUUUUCUUUUUUUACUCUCCAAACACAGUAUAUUUGUAAUGUUGCCUAUCCAUGUAAAAUUAUGAUGUACCAUUCAUACCUGCCUUGGCUCUGAGAAGUUGCUUUUUUCAGUAAAGUAUGUAACUGGUAAUACUGUUGUUUUUAUAAAUAAAGAUCUUUUCUUAGACAA